AUGCCAAUCAGACCUGUUGGGUGGAUAUGUGGACAAGUGUUAAAGAACGUUUCUGGAAGAAUCAAGGGGAUCCAGAGAGUCAUCAUCGACCUUAUAGAUGAGUUCAAAGACGAAUUCCCUACCGUCCUAAGAUUAUCACAGAGUAAUAAGAAUAGAGAAAACAUCCAACAACCAUCGGACGUUAAAAUGUCAGUCGUUUUAGCCAAGAUCAACAGAGGAACAUUGAUUCAAGGGUUGAACAGCAUAUCCAGAUCUUCUAAUUCCGUGGCCAAACUUCUGAAGCCUCAGCUUGCUUGUAGGCUUUCAGAGUUAAGGGACCUAUCUCAUCGUCUACUGAGGGAAGUUAACGAACCAAAGCAACCCUUAUAUAAAGUGAAUGUCAGAAAAGGUUCUUUUUUGGAAAUAAUAUCUUUUCCAGCAAAGACAGCCUUAACUAGCAUAAUGUAUAUUUCAUAUGCAGUGCUAAUUUAUUUGACAGUCUGUGUUAAUGCUGUGAUGAUGAAAGUAAAGAAGUUAUUUCAAGAAGAAGAAUCCAUAAGACAAAACAGAGAGGAGAGUGAAAAACCUAGAAAAGCUUUUUCUGAGCCUGUGCUCUCUGAACCUAUGUUUCCUGAUGCUGAAAUCAAAGCUAGACCUUACAGAUCAUUACCAGAGAAGCCAGAAAAUAUUUCAACUCAGUCCAAAGUUCCUGUCGAUAACACAUGUGAUAACAUUCAGGUUUUACAUUCUAUAUUUGACCAAUCAACUGAAAUGAAUGAAUGA